AUGGCCGCCACCGGCCCGUCCGCGCCCGCACCCGCGCCCGAGUCCAACGAGGGCAGCGCGGACCCAGCCGCGGAUGCUGCGGCACGACAGCACGGCGCGCUCGACAGUGUCACUGAGCUCGAGCCGGACUCGGCCAGCGACUCGGACAGCGCCUUCGACGGCGAUAGCGCGGCCAGCACGUCGCUCGCCAGCUCCAUCCUGCACUACGAGUACGCCAACGGUCGGCGCUACCACGGCUACCGCUCCGGCGCCUAUGUGCUGCCCAACGACGAGCAGGAGCAGGACCGCCUCGACCUGCUGCACCACAUUUUCACCCUGAUCCUGGCCGGCAGCCUGUACGACGCGCCCAUCCACCCACCGCCGCAGCGGGUCCUGGACCUCGGCACGGGCACGGGCAUCUGGGCCAUCGACUUCGCCGACGCCCAUCCCGGGUGCGAUGUGCUUGGCACCGACCUGAGCCCCAUCCAGCCCACCUGGGUGCCCGGCAACCUCAAGUUCUACAUUGACGACGCCGAGAGCGACUGGGUCUACGGCCCCGACGAGCACUUCGACUUCAUCCAUGUGCGCACCCUGUCCGGCGCCAUCGCCGACUGGGACCGCCUCAUGCGCCAGUGCCACGCCCACCUGAAGCCGGGCGCCUGGCUGGAGUUCCAGGAGCCUGUCGCCCUGUGCGAGAGCGACGACGGCACCAUCGACCAUGCCCACGCCGUGAGGCGCUGGCAGGACCUGUGCAACGACGCCGCCACCGUGUUUGCCAAGGAGAUCCGCGUCGCGCACACGCUCAAGCAGCGCAUGCUGGACGCGGGGUUCGUGGACGUGACGGAGAAGGUCGUCAAGGUCCCCAUCGGUCCCUGGCCCCGCGACCCCCGCAUGAAGGAGAUUGGCCGCUACCAGCGCGAGCACAUGGCCAUGGGCAUCGAGCCGUACACGCUCGGCUUCAUUGGCAAGAUCCUCGGCUGGAGCGAGGACGAGUGCCGCGUGCUGAUCGCCCAGGUCACAAACGACGUGCGCCGCAAGGACCUGCACAUGUACAUCAAGUUCUACUUUGUCCACGGCCGCAGGGCGCCCAGCGCGCAGCACUAG